AUGGUCAACCUGCCGGCACAUAACUACUUUGCUUGCUUGACGUAUCGAGAGCGGGGGUCGACAAUCAAGGGGCCGUUUCUCUCCGCCGAAUUGCGCGGCCGACGUGUGUGUCGAGGAGCCCUAGAACAUGAGUACGAUCGAACAAGCCGGGUUGACGAGAUCGACCGCUGCCUGGAAGCGUUGGCCGAGGGCAAGUCGAAGCUCCCGCAGACGUCGAUUCCCCGGUUGAUCGAACUGGCCCAAGCCUCGCUCGAAGGCACGAUGGCCGAGUCGGAAGAGUGGAUCCGCCUGGCCUGCGAGGCCAAAGGUCUGAAACCCGGCACCGCCCAAGAAGCUGAAGACAUCUCCAACGGGGUGUUGGGUACGGUCCGCUACCUGCGGCUAAUUAUCAACUCGCUCUCCGACAUCGAGAAGUACGGCGCACCGCAGCUCCCCGGCGAGGUGGUGACCGGCCCCAAUGGGAAACUGCGAGUGCAGGUGAUGCCGACCAAGGGCAUGUUCGACUCGAUCGCCUUCAGUGGGUUUAAGGCUCACAUCUGGAUGAAGGAUGGGGUCACCCGCGAGAACCUGCCGCAGCACAUUGCCAGCUACUAUCGCAAUGGACGGCAAGGCGAAGGCAUCGCCCUGGUGCUGGGCGCCGGCAAUGUGUCGAGCAUCCCGCCGACGGACGCCUUCACGAAGAUCUUCCAGGAAGGCACGGUCGUGCUGCUGAAGAUGAACCCGGUGAACGAGUACCUGGGCCCGAUGUUCGAACGGGCGUACUCGGCACUGAUCGAAGCUGGGUUCCUGCGAAUCAUUUAUGGUGGCGCUGAGGUGGGAGCGUACUCCACGCAUCACGAUUUGGUGGACGAAGUGCACAUCACCGGUUCGGUGCACUCGCACGACACGAUCGUGUGGGGCCCACCCGGUCCCGAGCGCGAUCGCCGCAAGGCCGACAACGAUCCGUUGUUGAAGAAGCCGAUCUCCAGCGAGCUGGGCAACGUUUCGCCUUGGAUUGUGGUGCCUGGAAAUUACAGCGACGCACAACUGAAGUUUCAGGCUGAAAACCUGGCGAUGUCGAUCUUGAACAACUGCUCGUUCAACUGCGUGGCGACGAAGGUGAUUGUGACGCACAAAGACUGGCCGCAGCGGCAGCAGUUUCUCGACUACGUGCAAGACGUGCUCGAUGCCAACCCGCCGCGGAAGGCCUAUUACCCGGGGGCCGAAGAGCGGUUCCGCCGCUUCACCGGCGAAGAGCCUGAGGGUUGCCCGACCGGAACCCUGCCCUGGACGCUGAAGCGGGAUGUCGACCCCAACCAGGGCGGACAGUACUUCGAAGAAGAGUCGUUCGUCUGCGUGAGUGUCGAAACAGGUCUGGAAGCUUCGGACGGGAAAGACUUCCUGAAGAAGGCGGCCGACUUCGCCAACAAUCGCUUGUUCGGCACGCUGGGGGCCACCGUGAUCGUGCAUCCCAGCUUCCAGAAAGACGCCACCACCGGGCCAGCCUUCGAUGCGUUCGUUUCCGAACUGAACUACGGCACGGUGGGUAUCAAUCACUGGUGUGCCUUGGCCUAUGGGAUGAUGACCACGCCCUGGGGCGGAUACCCUGGCGGUUCGAUUCACGACCCCGUCAGCGGCAUCGGUUGGGUGCACAAUACCUACAUGCUCGAUAACGACAAGAUCGAAAAGGGCGUGAUGGAAGGCCCGAUUACGGUCUUCCCCAAGCCGGCGUGGUUCCCCUCGUGCAAGAACGCCCACAACGUGACACGGGGGGCGGUCCGCCUUUCGGAGAAGCCCUCGCUGAUGCGGUUGGGCGGUGUGAUUCUUUCGGCCCUGAAGGGUUAG